CGAAGAGAGAAGGAUAGAGAGAGAGUGCCGCGUAGUUCAGUGAGAGAUAAAGUUUUCGUGCCACCGGCGUCCCUCAUCCUAGCCCUGGUCCUGUUCAGUUCCGCGCCGAUCGACCAGGAGUAGCUACCUAGUCCGGUCUCAGUUGUAUCGACUGACCCGUCGGCUGUACUUCUCUUGUUCCGCACACGCGUGUUACCGAACAGCUCUCUCCACUUUCGGCCGAUCAUCAUGUCCGGUGACCAGUUCCUCGGCAAACGCUACAAGCUCUUCAGCAGCGAGAACUUCGAUGACUUUAUGAAGGCGCUCGGCGCCAGCGAUACAUCGAACGUUAGAAUGUCGUCGGAAAUACUGACCGGUAUCUUGGGCAAGCGUUACAAGCUUCAAUCGAGCGACAAGUUCGACGAAUAUAUGAAAACCUUAGGGGUGGGUCUGAUGACACGUAAAAUGGGCAGCAGCGUCAGUCCCGUGGUCGAACUGACAGAAAAUAACGGGACGUACACGUUGAAGACGACCAGUCCCUUCAAAAACACCGAAAUCAAGUUCAAGCUCGGCGAGGAGUUCGACGAGGAGACGGCGGACGGCAGGAAAGUGAAGAGCGUCUGCACUCUGGAGGGUAACAAACUCGUGCAAGUGCAGAAGGGCGACAAAGAUACUACGAUCGAGAGGGAAUUCUCGCCCACGGAGAUGAAAGCGAUUAUGAAGGCUGACGACAUAGUUUGCACGAGGGUAUACAAGGUCCAGGAAUAGGAGUUUCUCGGCUGAGAGGGCGUGCACAACUCCAUACGUGCUUUUAAGAGCGCUCUAUGAAAGAACAUGUCAAUUGUUGUUCAAGAUCUUGUCUCUCUUCGAGCGUGCGGCAACGUUGAAUGUCAACGACGUCAGCGCUGGAUCGUCUGUGUGUUAGCUUAAUAAAUUUUUACAGCGUUGUCGUGAGGAUAUAAUUUCGCAAAUAACACGAUACAAAUUGCAAAGACAUGUUACGCGUCUUUUACACGAAGUUGAAUUCUUUACGUUUUUCGAUACACGUACGCUUUUGUAAAGGGAAGAUCGAUAACCGAAGCACAAAUUAGCCGCUCGAGAGUCGUGCACAUUUUUCUUUUUUUGGACGAGUUUUUCGUAUUGCGCGUUACAUAAUGAAAUAUGUAAUAUCGUCGUUGGUGAGUUGUUUCAUUCACAACGGUAGCUACGCUAUCCAUUACUUGUACGAAUAAUAUUUGCCAUAUGAACUUUUUUUUUUACGAAUAAAGAUUGCAGAAAUACAUACAAUAUUUUCAUCACAA